CGCCAGUAGAGCACCGGGCGCUUCCGGCGGCGCAAUAGACUAAACACAAAGACAGGAGAGGCCUUUGUGGCGAUAUUUAGAUCAGACCAACAGCCUGUUAUCUGGAGUAAAAGAAGUAAAUAGCCCCUGUGGUAAACUCAGUCCCUGUUACAACACCCACCUUCAGUUUACAACCGCACAACUAUUGCUUGUUUCCAGCUCUUAGAUUCAAAGAAAGAAAGAAAAAAAAGCGACGAGUAACCCACAUGGUGUGUUGUCCACAGAAAAAUAUUUUAACGUUCAGUAUUUUCACAAACUGAAUUAAGAAUAAUAAAAAACACUGGUGAAAGCAAUCUUACGUGUCAUACGUGUUCAUAUUUAUUUGGUUAUUUACUUAGGUAUGUAUGUAUGCAUGCAUAUAGACUAUAUAUAAAAGAAUAUUUAUUGCAAGGUCUCGUAUUUCAUGAAAAUAUAACUGUGAAUUACUGAGUAUUUAUAUGCAUUUAUUUUCUCUGUAAUUAUAUAUGCAUUUGAAAUCCUUUUAUCUUUAUCUCCGAUGUUACUAUUUUAUUUAAUUUCUCUCAUUUAUAUAAAUAGUAGCUCUUAGGCUAUCAGCUGUUCGGUUUUAUACUGGAACUGAAAUUACUGAAACUAAAAGGAACAAAUCAUUAAAAUAAUGUUGCUUUCUUAUCACAAAUAGUAAACGUGUUCUGAGCAGGUCGUCUCUAGAAAUGCAUUAGUCAUAUCUCACAAUGUUUCGUCAUUAAAAUAUGCAGUAAAACUUUAUUAUUAUUACUAUUAUUGGGCAUAGUUUAAAACUUACAUAAUAUCAGCGCACUACAAUUUAAGAAAAAAAGUCACAUAAGUCACAUAGUAUCUUUUAUUUAAAAUACAAGUUAAAUGGGAGCUUACGUUUGUUACUAUUUAAUUAUUAGUAUCCCAGAACAUGCGGAAAUGCUGUAUUUUUAAAAAUUCAAUCCCAAGAAACAGUUGAUUUUUGUUUUCUUAGCACAACUUUGCUUUAUUAUUGUCAAUUUUCCAUGUGGAUUUUUAAAUUAUACACAAUUUAUCUGCAGUCAGUUCAGUAUACAGAUAUAAUGGCGCUUACCAGUAACAGAAAUAUUGUGCAUGUAAUAAAAAGUAUGUUUUAACACUUUUCAUUAUCACUACUAUUAACAAUGUGUAUUCAAAAUUUCAAACUGUUAAUUUCUCAUUACUGGUAUUAUUCACAUCAUUCUAUUUGAAUUUAAUCUAACAACUAAUGUAACCGUAAUCACUAUUCUAUCGAUCUUAAAGUUAAUAGAAUUAUUAAUAGAAACAUCAGUUAUAAUUUAAGUAAUUACAAGUAGAUACACAUUUGCAACAUUGCAAAAUGACCAUUACAUUAGUCUUUUAAUUUGCUCGCAAAUGAUAUCAGAUUGGCAAUAUUAUUUCAGUUAUUUAUUGCUUUAUUUAAUUCAUUAUUUUUUUUCUUUUUUUAAAUUUAACUGCAAUGUUUCAUGAUUUCUGAAAGGCGGGAUAUGGGUCUUAUUUUGCUCUUCUUGGACUGGACUCGGACCAUCAGGAACGGGAACAUUUUAAGCGUUAGAUCGUUGGGGCGCACAGAUUAGUUCGUUCAUGCGAAUUGGUAGUUAUGGGGGCUGAUUUAAAAAAAUAAUCGCAAGUCAAAACUUCAAUGUGCGCGUUUUACUCUCAUCUUCAGUUAAUCCAAAUAAUGCAAAUUCACGCGAUUUAAUAAAGCAUACGUAAAAAUAAGUCCUUUUUUGCUUUUGAAUUACCAGUUCAGCGGUAAUUAGUCGGUAUUUUUGAGCUAUAGUUUAUAGUAUUGAUUGAAUAUUACCCAGUAUAAGCGCUUACAAUCCAUAUAUAUUCAUCACGUACACAGACAGAAAAUACUGUGAUCGAGUGAUUAAUGCAGACUAGAAUCAGUUUCUCACGAAGCCUCGUGUACUUUAUCUUUAUUUGGUCUUGGCCAUAGUCACGACCAGCUUUACUGUACGUAUUAAAUAAUAUAUCUUUGCAUAAAAACACAAGGCCUUGUUAUAAAGCGUUAAAACGGAAAACAGUCACCAUUUAAUAGCGAGCGGACUGAUUUAUUUUUUAUUGUUCUGCCUCGGGAUCACGUGCGCUUGUCGCCCAAUCGAAUGGCAAGGAACGUUCAACUUAUUAGCCGACUGUAGUUCUUUGUGAGGCCAAGUUGCUACUUGAUUUCUACAGAUUAUUUUUCUCAAGAUAGUACAGUGUACUUGUGGGCGUGUUUAUGUGUGUGUGUGUGUUUACGAAUGUGCGUUUGCAAUGUCGACAUCAGGGACACUUAAUAGUUACUACGUAGACUCUCUCAUUCUCUCUGAAAGCGAGGAUCUUUUUGCAGCGAGAUACCCCGGUUCAGGGCUUCAGCAUGCGAGACAAACUCCGGUCACCGAACAUGCAGAGUUCGGUUCUUGCACUUUCCAGACGAAACCGUCGGUUUUCUGUUCAUCCUGGAGCCCAGUGCCCGCCCAGUUUCCAAACGGAAUGCCCAGUAUGUGUCACCCGCACACACAUUCUCAGGGCACGGGGGAGUCGGAUGGAAGGUGCAUGCAAUCCUGGGUGCUAGAACCCAUUUCUGGAUCCUUGCCUUUCAAUGGAUUACCGUCCAACCAACACAGUGGUAUCAAACCUGAGAAUGUGGGGGUCAGAGAUGGCAGUACAACGCUGGGUUCGCAUACGCUGCUUUUGCCCGAUUUUGCAAAGGGGUCCUCCCCUGGGCAAAAGGAUCGGUUCUUAAGCCAGAUUUCAUACUCCGAGCCCAAUGAAGAGAAUAUGUCCGUGGAUAAACCAGACGUGAACCCAAAUAAUCCGGUGUCCAACUGGCUUCACGCGAGCUCUACGAGAAAAAAACGUUGUCCUUACUCUAAGCAUCAAAUUCUCGAGUUGGAAAAAGAGUUUCUUUUUAACAUGUACCUCACCAGAGACCGUAGAUAUGAAGUGGCAAGACUCCUCAAUCUGACUGAAAGACAAGUUAAAAUCUGGUUCCAGAACAGGAGAAUGAAGAUGAAGAAAUUCAAUAAGGAUGGACCGAAAGACGACUGAAAUCAUUCGCUGUGAAAUAAUAUGUGUUGGAGUUAUUUACACUUUAACAAAUUCUACAUUCGCAUAUAGUCUAUUGCUAUUAUAUCAUCAGGUCAGGCGACGAAAAUGAUGUCCGCACGUUUGACUCAAUUGAUGGAUUUAAUCUCUACUUGUCCCUCCUUUAAACUACCUUGUAUUGCACAAACUAAUGGUCUGUAGAAGGCACAGUGUUCAUUUUGUUACAGUGGUGUAGAUCGUACGGCCUAGCUCGCUGUCAUAUAUGAGGCUUUUCUUAAUACGCACAGUGUUUAUUUGUGAGUGUACGUCGAAUUAUGUAUUAGAUUUGUUUAGCUGUUUAUCUACAUUUCAGUUUGGUCGUGGCCUCGUUGUUGAUGCUAUUAUUUUGUUGACUGAAGUGUAUGAUUUCUAGAGAAAUGCAUUAUAACAUAGUGUAACGUUGGGGACGCCAUGUAAUGCUAACACUGAAUUAGGUGCAUGACCUAAAAUGCGUAUCUUGCUAAAUGGAAAACAUGUCUAAAAAUGUCCAUGUAUUGACUACCUAUAUGCCUCGCAACUACCUAUAGUUAGGAAUUUUUAAACAUUAUUACAAACACACAAGGUACUUAAAAUAUCUUCGAAGCUAAAAGAGAAUAUAAAAAACUGAUGAAUACCUCAUGUCCUGUGAUAGCAAAAGCAUUUCUUUCCUUAUAUGUAAUUUGUAUGUUGAGUAACAAGUAAAAAAUAAAUAAUACUGUAAAUUGA